AUGCUGGGAACGGCGGCACUGGUGACUGCUGGCUGAGGCGCCGGGCCUGGUGCUGCUGUGCGGGGCCGGGGUCGCAGCGAGUCGGGGCCGAAGGCGCGAUGCCGGAGCUGGCCGUGGACCGGGUGGUGGUUCACCCGCUGGUGCUGCUCAGCGUGGUGGAUCACUUCAACAGAAUAGGAAAAGUUGGGAAUCAGAAGCGAGUUGUUGGAGUGUUGCUGGGCUCUUGGCAGAAGAAAAUAUUAGAUGUCUCCAACAGUUUUGCAGUCCCUUUCGAUGAGGAUGAUAAAGAUGAUUCUGUGUGGUUUCUAGACCAUGAUUAUCUGGAGAACAUGUAUGGAAUGUUUAAAAAAGUCAAUGCUAGGGAAAGAAUUGUUGGAUGGUACCACACAGGCCCCAAACUACACAAGAAUGACAUUGCCAUCAAUGAACUAAUGAAAAGAUACUGUCCUAAUUCUGUAUUGGUAAUUAUUGAUGUAAAGCCAAAGGACCUGGGGCUACCAACAGAAGCCUAUAUUUCAGUUGAAGAAGUUCAUGAUGAUGGAACGCCAACCUCCAAGACGUUUGAACAUGUGACCAGUGAAAUUGGAGCUGAGGAAGCAGAGGAAGUUGGUGUUGAACACUUGUUACGAGAUAUUAAAGACACAACAGUGGGCACUCUGUCCCAGCGUAUCACAAACCAGGUCCAUGGUUUGAAGGGACUGAACUCCAAACUUCUGGAUAUCAGGAGCUACCUAGAGAAAGUGGCCAUGGGCAAACUACCCAUCAAUCACCAGAUCAUCUACCAGCUUCAGGAUGUCUUCAACCUGCUGCCAGAUGUCAACCUGCAGGAGUUUGUCAAGGCCUUUUACCUGAAGACCAAUGACCAGAUGGUGGUGGUCUACUUGGCUUCUCUUAUCCGGUCUGUGGUUGCCCUGCACAACCUCAUCAACAACAAGAUUGCCAACAGAGAUGCAGAGAAGAAGGAAGGUCAGGAAAAGGAGGAAAGCAAAAAGGAGAGGAAAGAUGAGAAGGAGAAAGACAAAGAGAAGAGUGAUGGCAAGAAAGAGGAGAAAAAAGAGAAAAAAUGAAAAGUGUAGUUUUUUAUUUGUAAAUUAAAAUCUUGUAAACUAAA